UAGGCACUACUGUAUUACAAAUAAAUAAUAAGUAUGAUAUGAAAAGCAGAACUCUCUCUAAUAAAAUUAGUUUUAAUUUUUCCUUGAGGUAUCAGAGAGUGAGUAUUCAGGCGUGGGAAUGACCUUCAAUUUUUAUCAUCAUAGAUCUUCAUACUCCACAUUUUGGCCUUAGUUACUUAACAUGUACUUAAAGUAAACAUCUGAUCAGUCUCCAUAAUGCCACAAUAAAAUGACAACUAAAUUGUAAAUAUUUGAAAACCAUAGGUUUUUUUAAAUACAUUCCUGUUUCCUAUUGGUGUUUAAAGGAAUUAAGGACUCAUGUUCAUACAAAUAGAAUUGCCCACAUUUAGAAAUGAGCCACUAUUACUACUAUUAAUUAUAAUAAUGAUGAAUUAUUAUUAAUGUAGUGCAUUUAUGAGCAAGAGGAUUCUCUCAGGUGUGUGUUUGUUUUUAAUAGUGACCCCUCCAGAAUACCAGCCUCCUGGCUUUAAAGAGGGAGAGUCAGAGUUUAUCUUAUUCAAAGGCAUUCCUGUGCAUGUGAAGGUGGGAGAAAUAGAAACAUCUUUCCAUAUGUCAAAGCUGAAGAUUCUUAAAACAGAGGAGAGGAUAGAUUCAAUGGAUAUACCUGGUAUCCUGAAAGAAUGUCGAGAAGAUGCAGAAAGAGAAAAGGAACAGAGAUGGGACACUUUAGGAGAAUACAUUAAUACAGAAUAUGAACCACCGAGAUCUGAAGAGGAAUUUGUUGAUAAAUACCACAAGGUCAAUGAUGAAGCUACAAGAAAGAGGAAGAUAUCAAAGAAGAAUAAAUAAGGAAUGUAUGCAUGUGCAAGCACUUUGAAUUCAGUUAAGCCCACAAGAAGUAUUUUGGUUGCUUGAAAUAUACUGAAGAGAUUUUUAUUUUCAAACUGAAGAAGGAAUUUUAGUUCAAGCACCUGUUUUUAAAUCUUUUCAGUCUCAAAUUCUAAUAUACUCAGACUGUUUUUAAAGGAAAAAAGUAAUUUAUUUUAUUGAACAUUUAUAAAUAAAAGGUGUUAACGAAAAAAUAA